AUGACGAAAAAGACAUAUCGAAGUAACAUUAACGAAGCUCAGCAGACUUUUCUUGAUCUAGAAACGAGUCUUGAUGCAGAGCGAGUGAUCGAUGAGCCUAAUUCAGAAACCCGACCAAAAGUUACUAUUCUUUCAGAAGUAAGGUUUAGUCCAUAUAAUUGCGCCUAUACAGACUUAAAAAAGAUGCUUCCAUGGAAUCUUAAAAACGUAGAUAAAAGCUACAAUAUAUUUAAAUCUGAAAGUAAGGAGAAUCUGCCCGUAAUUCAACCUAAAGAAGAAUUUUUAGAGUACAUAGAUUACGAAAACCAAGUACCAUCAACGUCUGCAGAUAAGAAAAGGUUGAUACUUAAAGAACCGGAGUCAUGUAAUGCAAAAAAGAAGAUAAUGAGAGACAGUAGUGACGACAACAGCGAAAAUAGUGACAGUUAUUCCAUAAGAGAUACUUCUGAAGAUGAAUGUUUUAUACCAUCGGAAUCAGAAUCAUGUGAAGAUUUUGAAGAACAAAAUGUUCAAAAUACAUUGAAAAAAUGUGAAACUCCUCGGGUUGAUAGUUACGUUUUGGUUAAAUUUUGUGGACCAAGAACCAACAAAUACUAUGUUAGAAAAGUAUUGGAUAUUAUUGAUGAUUCUGUUAUGAAUGUUAAAGGACAAUGGCAGGUCCCCAUACAUAAUUUUAUUUGA